AUGAAUUCGUUCAUUUAUCAUUUGCUCAUCUUCGUUUCGAUAUCUAUUAAACCUGGACACAGUUAUUCAUCUGGUGCACCAUCGUCUGCAUGCAAAUCAAUGAUGCCUCAGCACGGUGUUUCUUCCCAAUCAUGUUCAUCCAGCUAUAUAAUUGAAUCCGACAAAGUACAAUAUUUGAAAAGUGAUACGGUUCAUAUUACUGUUCGUGGUUCAACAAAUUCUGAUACAUUUAGAGGUAUUCUAUUAAUAGCAAAAACAAAAACCAAUCAAAAUAUUAUUGGAACUUGGUCAGCAUUAGGUUCAGAUAUUCGAACACUUAACUGUGGUGGAAUAGACAAUACUGGUAUAACUCAUAACUCACCCUCUGAUAAAUCAUCAAUAGAAGCACUUUGGUAUCCACCAUCAACUAUAAUCGAAAACUCUACUGUUAUCAAGUAA